AAAUUGGAUCAGCGCGAGCUGCGAGCAACGGUCGAGCCGGCGGAGCUCGAGAGUCUGUGUGAGGAGGGAGAGAAGAGAAGACAAGAGAAGACAAGAGAAGACAAGAGAAGACUCGCAGCCCGGCCACCGGGAUCCACUCAAUAAACCAACUGCACAGCUCUCACCCCGCACCAAGUAAAAAAGAAGAGCCCAGCCGAGGAAAUUCUACAUGCAAAGGCUGUGGACAGACAAUUUAUCUGCAGCAAUUUUGUGGAUUUGUUUCCUCUGCAUGCGAGAAAGCGACUGAAAGGAAGAAAUUCCGACCAGAGACGGAGAAUAUAACUGCGUCUUAUACGCUUCUUCUUCUACUUCUUCUUGCGUAUGGCGUGCGCAGCCUAAAGUUGUGGGACAACUUGUUCUAUUUGAUCUUAUUUGACUGUGCACACCGGGUUGAUUGCAUUUGUCGAAACAGGGCGGACCACGAGAAGGUUGCAAUCUCCCACCCCAUACGCUUCAGUGCACGCGAACCCCGAGAGCCAGGGUGGCUAUUCGCACUGAUGGUUUUCUUACACACGGUGCACACUUGCUCGGCUGCUAAAUCGCCCAAGGUAUAGAAAGGCAUGGCAAGAGUUGUUGGAAACCGACCGUGGCUUUGAAAGUUGAAAGAGUUUCAUUGGUUUCGGAAAAACAGCUAUCAUUUUAUUCCACCCGCCGCUCGCAGUACUUUCCACCUACUCCCAAUCUGUGCUGUUAACAAAAUGAGGACUUUUAUCACUGAUGACUGCGAAGGGGAACUUUAAAAACAAGUCAAUAAUGUUUCUUAUUUUGAAAACAAAUAUUUUGCGUUUUUCACUUGAUUGAAGAUAUUUUCAUUUCUCACAAGUUUGCAGCUAAAUCAGAGGGCGAAGGGAAAAUGUUUCAUGUGUGGACAGUGACCUUGGCUUCACCGCCGACGAAAGCAUAGAUUUGAGUAAUUGAAAAUAAAUAAAAUCAAGGACUUUGACUAUUUCACAUGACAGCCAGCAAAACGAACACUAGCAACUUGAGCGACUAUAAAACGCCCACAAAUGCACGCAGGAUGACCAUCAGCAUCUCAAAGAGUAACAGAAUGAAGGGGGAAAGUGGUUCCUGAUGACAGGUUCCCGCACUGUCACCCCCAGACUAGAUCCAGCGGCCCCCCGCUCGUCCACAUGCAGGCCAAGAAAAGGUAUCUUCUAGUGUCAUUCGGCGCCUGUCUCUUGCUGUUUUUCUACCUGGGAGGAACGCGGGUCCGACUGUCUCCCUCAAAUUUAUCUUCAUCAUUAUCGACGGAUCAUCUUCACCACGACCUGGUCCCAAUCAGACGCCACUGGCCCGUGUGGAAAAACCUAUUGAAUAGCUAUUUUAGCUCGGAAGACGGACGAAACGAUGAAGAGGAGGCAACCCACAUUGGCCUCAACCCUGGACUUUCCCCAAGACAGAAGAGGGCGAUCAAGGCGAACGUUUACAAGAAUCGAAAAUGCAGGAUGGAGACUUGUUUCGAUUCCUCUCUCUGCCAAGGAAACGGAUUGAAAGUGUAUAUCUACCCGCUUCAAAGGGGGGAGAAGAUUUCUGAAGGUUACCAGAAAAUCCUUACCACUAUCGAGGAUUCUAGGUAUUAUACAUCAGAUCCGAGACAAGCAUGUUUGUUUGUCCUCAGCAUCGAUACGUUGGAUAGAGAUCAGCUUUCAUUUCAGUAUGUUCAUAAUGUAAAAGCUAAAAUUCAAAGUCUCCCAUUGUGGAAUGACGGGAGAAAUCAUCUUAUAUUUAAUCUAUAUUCAGGAACCUGGCCUGAUUAUACGGAAGAUUUAGGAUUUGAUAUCGGGCAAGCUAUGUUAGCUAAAGCCAGUAUUGGUAUGGAUAACUUCCGGUCAAAUUUCGAUGUGUCCAUCCCCUUGUUUUCCAAAGAGCAUGCUCAAAAGGGAGGCGAGAGGGGCUGGCUUUUGUACAACAACGUGCCACCCACAAGAAAAUACUUACUGGUUUUUAAAGGUAAAAGAUACUUGACUGGCAUUGGAUCAGAAACCAGAAAUGCCUUGUAUCAUGUACAUAAUGGAGAAGAUAUUAUUUUGUUAACCACUUGUAAACAUGGGAAAGACUGGGAAAAACACAAAGAUGUCAGAUGUGAUAAAGACAAUGAGGAAUAUGAAAAAUUUGAAUACCAAGAAUUGCUUCAUAAUUCAAGCUUUUGUCUCGUCCCAAGAGGCAGGAGACUUGGCUCUUUCCGAUUUCUGGAGGCUCUCCAGGCUGCAUGUAUCCCCGUAUUACUGAGUAAUGGAUGGGAGUUGCCAUUUUCAGAGAUCAUAGAUUGGAAUAAAGCAGCAAUUAUUGGGGAUGAGAGGCUUCUUCUUCAGAUUCCUUCAAUAACUAGAUCGAUUCGUCAUGAGAAAAUAAUGGCUCUUAGGCAACAAACACAGUUCCUAUGGGAUGCUUAUUUUUCUUCUGCAAAAAAAAUUGUAUUAACAACUUUAGAGAUCAUACACGAUAGGAUAUAUUCACAUAUAGCAAGAAAUCAAUUCAUAUGGAAUAAACCACCAGGUGGACUCUACAUGCUACCACAGUAUUCUACAAAUUUAGCUGCCCUUCCUUUUUAUUAUUUAAGUUUGGGUAUCAAUCCAAGUGAAGAGUUCACAGCAGUCAUUCAGGCAGUUUCCCCUCUUUUGACACAGUCCCAGCCUAUAGUAAAACUGAUAUUAGCUGUAUCAAGAUCAAAGUACUGCAAACAGAUUGUAGUGUUAUGGAACUGUGAUAGGCCUUUACCUGCCAAGAACAAGUGGCCAUCCACCCCAGUGCCUAUAACUGUGAUUGAAGGAGAAAGCAAGAGUAUGAGCAACCGUUUUUUCCCAUACAGUGUCAUCCAGACAGAUGCUGUCCUCAGUUUAGAUGAAGAUACCGUGCUGUCAAACAAUGAGGUUGAUUUUGCCUUCAUUGUAUGGCAUAGUUUCCCAGACCGGAUAGUUGGUUACCCAGCUCGGAGUCAUUACUGGGACAGCAGCAAAGGGCGAUGGGGAUACACCUCAAAAUGGACCAAUGAAUACUCCAUGGUUCUGACAGGAGCUGCGUUUUAUCACAGAUACUAUCACUACUUAUACAGCUAUUAUUUGCCAGCCAGUCUUCACAACAUGAUAGAUCAGAUGUCCAACUGUGAAGAUAUCCUCAUGAAUUUUCUGGUUUCGGCUAUCACUAAACUUCCUCCAAUUAAAGUCACACAGAAAAAGCAGUAUAAGGAAACAAUGAUGCAGCAGGGAUCAAAGACUUCCCGCUGGGCUGAUCCAGAUCAUUUUGCACAACGCCAGACCUGCAUGAACACUUUUGCUGGCUGGUUUGGCUUCAUGCCUCUUAUUCACUCACAAAUGAGGUUGGAUCCCAUUCUUUUCAAAGAUCAAGUCUCUAUCCUGCGCAAGAAGUACCGGGAGAUUGAGCGAUUAUAGAGGCCCGCUGGAUUGUUGUACUUAGAAGCUUGUGGAAUUUGCCUAUUAUAAAACCCCCAAUUAACUCUUGAUGAUGCUGCAAUGCACAACAAUAAUGGCAACAAGAUUAUUCAACUUUCUGGGGACCAAACAACAAUAACCUUUGUACAGUCUAAAAGAUUGGUGUGCGAUAGGAUUUUGUUCCCAAUCUUAAUACUAUUUUAUUUUAUCUACUCAGACUGAAAUCUCUGACAAUCGUGCCUGAUGUUUGAGGAUUUUAGGGAUAAACAGCACAUAGCAAAUUUUUGGUCAAAAUUGUACAUUUUCUAUUUAAAGCUUGCAAGGCGAUUGGAGAAUUCAGCUGAAAACAAAUCAGUUUUCUUUUUGCUCCUUUGUUUAAACGAUACAUUUUUAUUAUUUCUAUGUCUAGCAAUUGUAUCUUGGUCAAAAAAACAUUCAACGAGAACAGAAUGCUGUUCAUCAAUUAACUAUAGCUGCAGUAGAAGACAGGUGGUUCAAAGCAAUUUUCAACAAGCACAGUGUUACAUGUUUGCAAUUAUACAUCACACCAGUUUGGAAAAGGAAGGUUAAUGGGUUUGAUUCGUACCAGGUAAAUUUCACGUCGGAUAAAACCAUUGCUCCUGAUGAACAGUAUUAUCUGAAAAUAUUUCCAGGAUCACAAUUUGGUACAUUAUUGAACUACAAACUUACAGUAUCAAAUAAAUUUGUAUUUUAAUAUAGCAAUUACUAUUCUUAGUAUUUAAAAUACAGUAUUUCUUGCUUUGUGAUCUAGGUAAAUACAAUGGAUGGGACCAAUAGGGAUGUCCUGUGGCACUGAGUUUGAAAUUUCUAGUGGUUCUGCAUUAGUUACAUACUGAGAGUUAUAGUCAUACAGUGAUACAGUGUGGUAACAGGCCCUUCAGCCCAACUUGCCCACACCGGCCAACAAUAUCCCAUCUGCACAAGUCCCACCUGCCUGCGCUUGCACCAUAUCCCUCCAA